UCCCACCAUCCCACCAAUUAAAAAAAAACAUCACCGCACACCAUCACAAAACGCCGCACCUGACAACACCACAAAGUGGUUUAUUAAAGUCGCCUUCGAUUAACUCGCAUUUCAAGCCGAGCAAACGUUCUCCCACGACACCUCGUCUCACAAAAACACCCCCCACAAAGCAAAAUGUUCCCCCUGUGGCACAUCCCCGCGCUGAUCCAAGCGACAACCAUGACCUUCGGCGGGAUGUGGCCUAUGUGGGACGCGCAGGCCGCGAUGGCCGAGUUCGGGUGGCCGGCGCGCAUCGCCUCGGCGCCGGCCGCGGGUCCCGUCAUGGUGCAGGGCCAGGCGCGCACGACCGUCAUCGGCCUGCUCGUGGCCCUCUUCUACCUGCGCCGCGAGUACGCCGCCGUCGACGCCGUCAUGGCCGUCACGGGGUUUUACGUUGGUGUUGUUGAUUCAUACCUCGUCUGGAGAGAGAAUGAUGGAGGGCUGAGCUGGGCCGCGUUCCGGCUUGUUGCCUCGUGGUUCUUUGGGCUCUGUGGGCUAAGGGGCUGGACCGCGUCGGCUGCGUGGUGAUGCUGUGGGUGGCUGUGGUUUCUGGAUGGGAGUAUUUGGUAUCAUUCAUGUAUGGAGACAUUUCAGGACCAGUGGCAGGGCCGCGAGACCGGCGUGGUGAUAAAUAAAAAUUGUCUCGCUAGGAUUAAUCAACUUUUUCUUCAGAUUCG